UUUCGCAGAGUUUGCGCGCGAGAGUAUCAUCACGCUCUUCAAUAAGAGAGACACAAAAACCUUCUGCUUUAUCUAAAUGACGACUUAUUGGACAGUAUAGAAUGUAGAAUUACAUAUAUAAUAUUAAUAGUAUUCUUGGGAAAACUCUAGGAACUUGAGCUUUCCCAGAUUUUCCAUUCAUAAUUAUUAAUUCAUUCGCGAAAUUAGAUAAUUUAUUUAUCACUUUAACGAGACCUGUUUUAAAAACAGGUGGAACCAUACUAUCAGCCUAAUUUAUCAGCACAGUAGUGUAGCAAUUGAAUAUGGCAGCACCUUCACCAAUAACUAGAAAAAUUAUGUCAGCAAAACGACAUAUUGAUGAUGAACAACCUGACACCAUUCAAGCCCAUUUCGAAUCGUUGUUGAUGGAUGAGCAAGAGAUAGAUGAUGAGACAGAAGAAAUGACAAUUCGAGAUCUCCCAGAAUGGUACAAUGAAAAAUUGUUUAAAACAGGACAAAAUUAUUGUAAACGUAAUCGUUUAGCAGUAUGUAGUGCUCUUGUACUUGGAGUUUUAACAACAUUUAUAUUGCCAGAAGUUUUAAAGCUACUUAUCUGGACCAAACAAAGUGGUACACCAUGCUCUUCUUUCAGAAGAUAUUUGCGAACAAUUUUGCACAUAAUGACACUAAAUUCAAGUGACAUUAAUGAUCCUGAAUCAAGCUGGUGGAAAAGUUUAAAUGUCAUCAGAUGGAAACAUGGAACAGCAAGUAGAAAAUCUGGACAAUCUGGUCCUGGUAGAAUAUUAAAUCGUGAUAUGGCAAUUGCACAAUUUAGUUUUAUUGGAUAUAUAUUAAUAAUGCCAGAUAAAUUUGGUCUAACAAAUGAAGCUAAAGAACGAGAAGGUUUCAAUCAUUUGUGGAAAGUCAUCGGUCAUCUUCUUGGAAUUCCUGACAAAUUUAAUAUUUGUCGUAAAAAUGAAGGAGAGACAACACAAUUGUGUCAUAAACUUCAAGAUGAAAUAUUUAUAAAAUAUAUGAAAAAUGAACCAGAAAAAUUUAAAUCAAUGGCUCAUGCAUAUCUUGAAGGUGCUUGGUAUAUUGAUCCAACAUUGGAUGCUGAUUCUCUAAUGUAUUUUUGGUACAACAUAAGUGGAUUAGAAUAUAAAAAACCCCUUGGAUUAUUUAGUCAAUUGAAUUAUAAAUUUAGACUGGGAUUAAUCUACUUGUUGGGUGUUCCAAUUGUCGGAGAUGUCUUGAGAUUUUUAUCUAAUUAUUAUCUUGAAAUUUGUCUUUGGAGUGCAACUAAUUUCAAUAUUCUUGCUUGGCUACGUUUUGGAAAAUCUAAUACGAAAAUUAAUUUACAUCCUUAUACAAAAAAAAUUGGAAAUACAACAGCAGAUUGUAAAUAAUUUAUAAAACAUAAAUAAUCUACUGCCGAGUGUUAAUGUCAUGUUUUAUAAAUAAAAAAAAAAACUAUUGAAAUUAUGUUUUUUUUUUUUAAAUUAAUUAUGAUGCUUUAAAGCAGAAACAUUUAUAAAUAAUUGAAAUAAUUAAAAAUUUGUUUACUCGUCAAUCAAUAAUUAAAUACUUUGUCAAUGAAAAAAUGCUAUUAAUCAUUUUUACAAAAAAAAUUUAAACUUGCUAAUGAUGGUUUUUAAUAUUGAUGUCAAUAAACAAUUUUAAUGCUUAAAUUAAAUUAAUGUUGCGUAGUCCAGUUUUUUUCUUAGUUAAAAAAUAAAAUAGAAAAAUUUUAAUUAUUAUUAUUAUAAAGUAAAAAAUAAAUGUACUAUUUAAUUAUGUUUUUAUCUAUUCACUAAAUAAAUUUGUAUAAUUAAAAAUGUAUGAUUUUUUAAAAUUAUUUUUAUUCUGAUAAAAUUUCGUUUUUAGUUUUUUUUAAUGAGAAAAAUCUUUGAAAAAUGUUUUUACAAUAUUAAUUUAUAAAUCCAUGACUGUUAAAGGACACAUUGUUGUUGGCAAUUAUUUUGUUCGAAUGAUUUAUUAUAAUUGAUAUUUGUUGUGGUAAAAAAAAUAAUACUCUCUGAAUAAAUGAGGCAAAAAAAACGAGAGACAUUUGAUGGUUUUUCGAGAGUUAUUGUAAUUACUAAUAAUUACUGACAGGUAAUAAAUAAAAUUUUAAAUGAGUAAAUAUACAUUGUAUAUCAAAGUAUACCUAUAUUAAAUCUUUUUUUUUUAAUUAUUGUGUGUUGUGAAAUAUUUAAUAAAUAUAUGCAGUUUUAUUAAAUUUUUUUUUAAUUUAUAAUAAUUAUACAGACUGUUAUGUUGUUAUUUUGAGUUAUUUUAAUUUUUUUUUACAUAAAAAAUCUAUGAUUUUAUUAAUUAAAUUAUCAAUUUGUA